UCCCGCGCCUCCGCCCCCUCGCUCGCUCCUUCCCGCCCUCCCCGCAGCGCUGGCCCAGCCGGCUUCCCCUCGGUCUCUCAUGAAUAUUGAGCGGCCCCUGUUGUAGUUCCCGAGCUCCAUUGCGGAAGCCCAGGCUCGCCAUAUUGUGCGGCGGCGCCGGCGGCCGCGGCGGCUUGGACCCGAGUCUCGCUCCGGCCGCGGGCAGCGGAGUCCGGGCUGGGACACGAGCCGCAAUGUCUCAAGCUGUGCAAACGAAUGGAACUCAACCAUUAAGCAAAACAUGGGAACUCAGUUUAUAUGAAUUACAACGAACACCUCAGGAGGCAAUAACAGAUGGCUUGGAAAUUGUGGUUUCACCUCGAAGUCUACACAGUGAAUUAAUGUGCCCAAUUUGUUUGGAUAUGUUGAAGAACACCAUGACUACAAAGGAGUGUUUACACCGUUUUUGUGCAGAUUGCAUUAUCACAGCCCUCAGAAGUGGCAAUAAAGAAUGUCCUACAUGUCGGAAAAAGCUAGUUUCCAAAAGAUCACUAAGGCCAGACCCGAACUUUGAUGCACUCAUCAGCAAAAUUUAUCCAAGUCGUGAUGAGUAUGAAGCUCAUCAAGAGAGAGUAUUAGCCAGGAUCAAUAAGCACAAUAAUCAGCAAGCACUCAGUCACAGCAUUGAGGAAGGACUGAAGAUACAGGCCAUGAACAGACUACAGCGAGGCAAGAAACAACAGAUUGAAAAUGGCAGUGGAGCAGAAGACAAUGGUGACAGUUCUCACUGUAGUAAUGCAUCCACACACAGCAAUCAGGAAGCAGGGCCUAGUAACAAACGGACCAAAACAUCAGAUGAUUCUGGGCUUGAGCUUGAUAACAAUAAUGCAACAGUGGCAAUUGAUCCAGUAAUGGAUGGUGCUAGUGAAAUUGAGUUAGUGUUCAGGCCUCAUCCCACACUGAUGGAAAAAGAUGACAGUGCACAGACAAGAUACAUAAAGACUUCUGGUAAUGCCACCGUUGAUCACUUAUCCAAGUAUCUGGCUGUGAGGUUAGCUUUAGAAGAACUUCGAAGCAAAGGAGAAUCAAACCAGAUGAACCUUGAUACAGCCAGUGAGAAGCAGUAUACCAUUUAUAUAGCAACAGCCAGUGGGCAGUUCACUGUAUUAAAUGGCUCUUUUUCUUUGGAAUUGGUCAGUGAGAAAUACUGGAAAGUGAACAAACCCAUGGAACUUUAUUAUGCACCCACAAAGGAGCACAAAUGAGCUUUUACUAAAACCAGUCUGGAUAAUGAACUUUUUUUAUAGCCUAUUUCUUUAUUAUUAAAGAUGUAUCAUCAUUACUUUUAUGGACACUA